AUGUCAAGACGAUUAACGAAAAUUAAUUCGAUUGCACCGAUCGAUAAUCUGACAACGACAAAUAAAACUUUACAUAGAGUCAAGAAAAAUAACUAUCAACAGCCAGCGCAUACUUCAUCAAAACGAUAUCAAGAUUUUAGAAAUGAUGCUAAAAAAAAAAUAAGAAGUUCAAGGGAUUUUAUUCCUGAUGUAGUUAAUAUUAAGAACAAAAAUUCGUUAUCAAGAGAUGAACUGAUAGAUAAGAAGUCUCAAAAUGGCAUUAAGCAGAGAGUAGAAGUAUCAGGUAGUAUAGAGUUGAUUGAAGGGAAAACUAAUAAAAUUUUAUCAGACCCUUUUUCAAAAUCAUGUGUAAUGUCAUUCAUUUAUGAUGACAAUGGUCUUCGAUGUGAUUUCAAAUUUAAACAAUUACCCAUUGCUGGUCUUCAAUUUAACAUCAAAGAUGAUUGUGACGAAAUUGCUACAGAAGAUACAAACGUUUAUAUGGGUUUCAGGUUUACACACCUUAAAGAAGUUAAAAUUGGGAAGAACGAGUCCAUUAAUAUGAAAGGUUUGAUUUUUAUUACAACAGCAAUAUAUAGACAGAAAUUAAUUAAAAUUAGACGAUUGGCAGCAUCGUGUCCAGCACAAUAUAGACCCAAAAUAUGUAUGUACAGCAACAAAACAGAAUUAAAAUUUAAAUUGAUAUCAAAUAACAGAACUGAUCAUAUGAAGAAUAAACCAAGUUUCCUUGAAAAGGGAUUCAACUCUCUGGUAAAAAAUACUAAUACAAAGAAAAGAACAAUUGACAGUAUGGUCACCUCUGCGGUUAAGAUUAAGAUUUUAAAAAAAGCACCGGAGGAAGAGGUUAAAAAUAUAGCAAUAGAAAAUGCAGAACCUAAUAACCAAGUGCAAAGCCUUCUUGGAAAUUCAAAACGAGUAUCUAGAAGUUCUUUGCAAUCAACUGUAGUAAACGAGAAAGAAACGAUUAGUGACGAAGUUCAGAUUAAUUUUCAACCUAGUUUAAAUUAUCAUUUCAAGGAUGGUGUAUCGUACACUAUUAAUAAUCAAGAUUUCAAAUCAUUGUAUAAUAAUGAUUGGGUAAACGAUACAAUAAUAGAUUUUUUUAUCAAAUAUUAUUUGGAAACGAACUUAAUUGAUUCAAAAUUAAAGGAUGAUAUUUAUGUAAUGUCUUCCUUUUUCUACACCAAACUUGUAAGCAAUGGGAUCGAUGAUGUCUACACAAAAGUUAAAAAAUGGGUAGAACACUCUAAAUUAUUUUCCAAAUCAUACGUCAUUAUCCCAAUUAAUAGUAAUUACCAUUGGUUUGUUUGUAUUAUCACAGGCAUGGUUGAAUACUUGAAGUAUUGGGAAAAUAAAUCUACAAUCGAAAAUGAAGACAAGAAAAGUAACCCACCUAUAAUUCAGAUUGGGUUAUUAGAUUCUCUAAAACAGGUUCAUAAUAAAGAUAUUGAAUAUAUCAAGCAAUUUAUUAUGGCAUACGCCAAGGAUAAAUAUUCUUUGAAUAUUGAUAAAAAUAAUAUUAAGAAAAAGACAUGUCUAGUGCCACGACAACCAAAUAUGAACGAUUGUGGGGUACAUUUAAUUGAUAACAUUAAAAAAUUUUCUGAGAAGCCAGAUGAAACUAUAGAAUUAUGGUCUCGUCUCAAAGCUGAUAAUAGUUAUAACCUUAAGCAAGUUAACGAUUUUUUUGAUAAGAGUGAACGUAAAUAUUCGAGACAAACGCUGAGGAAAAUUCUAAUAGAGCUACAAAAAGAACAAAUUAAGUCAACCCCAAAGAAUACUCCUCGCAGGACCGAAGAUGAGGAUGACGAGGAUAUUGAGAUUAUAGAGAAUUUUGAGGAGCCCGAUAAACAAUCAUUAAAUAAAGUGAAACUUUGA